UCUCUCUCUCUCUCUCUCUCUCUCUCUCUCUCCUCCUCCUCCUCCUCCNCNGUUUUUUUUUUUUUUUUUCCAUUUUCUCUCUCUAUUUUUAUAUAGCUUUUUCCGACUCUGUUUUCCGGGUUGGGUGAGAGAAGGCUCGUGCUUUUGUUUUUUGGUUUCUCAGAGCGAGCCGAAAACUUGAAUUCGCUCUCUCCCCUCCUCUCUUGUACAAUCUCUCCAUCUUUUUCCAGACAUGAUUUUGGACAAAGGCUCAAUGCAAUCAAACCUUGAAUGCUUCCUACAUGGUACAACCCCUGUGCUCCAACCCCAAUUCUUGCCCAAGUCUGAGAUUAGGAACCUUAAUCGUCUAUGGCACCCGUGGGAGAGGGAAAACGUUGAGUAUUUCACAUUGAGUGAUUUGUGGAAUUGUUUUGAUGAAUGGAGUGCUUAUGGUGCCGGAGUUCCGAUCACCUUGGAUAGCGGUGAGACCCUUGUGCAGUAUUAUGUCCCUUAUCUCUCUGCUAUCCAAAUCUUCACCAGCAAUUCGUCUGUAAAUAGCUUCAGGGAAGAAACCGAGUCAGGUGAUUGUGAGACGAGGGAUUCGUUUAGUGAUUCAUGCAGUUUCGAAAGUGAAAGUGAUAAGUUAUGGAGAUGGGAUGGAUGCUCAUCAGAGGAAGGUGGAUUUGAGCAAGACAAUAAUCUGUGGCACCUGAAUGAUAGAUUAGGCUAUCUUUAUUUUGAGUAUUUUGAGAGAUCAACUCCGUAUGGAAGAGUUCCUCUCAUGGAUAAGAUUAAUGGAUUAGCUCAAAGAUACCCCGGCUUGAUGUCAUUGAGGAGUGUUGAUCUUUCACCUGCUAGUUGGAUGUCUGUUGCUUGGUACCCAAUUUAUCAUAUUCCAAUGGGAAGAACUAUAAAGGACCUCUCCACAUCCUUCCUCACGUACCACACACUUUCAUCUUCUUUUCAAGACAUGGACCUCGAGGAUGAUAUGGAGAGUGACGAGCAACGGAAGAGAAAGAAGGGAGAUGGCAUUUCUCUGCCUUCAUUUGGGUUGGCCACUUACAAGAUGCAAGGGAAUUUGUGGGUUUCGGGCAAUUGCGGCCGGGACCAAGAGAGGCUAAUGUCACUGUUGAGCGUGGCGGAUUCAUGGUUAAAGCAGCUAAGGGUCCAGCACCAUGACUUCAACUACUUCACCUCAAUUAGGCGCGGUGGCCAGUGCCACUACCUUUGAAGCUUCGGAAACAAAUUUCACUUGGAAAGUGAAAUCGGAAAUUGACCACAGAAAAAAAAAAUCAUCCUCCUCUUAUAAUUGGUUUUUUUCCGGGACCUUUGUUUUGGCCAAGAGUAUUGAUUUAGGGUGUUUUAGUGUUCAGUGUUUGACUGUGACUCCUUUUGUUGGGCUUUGUAUGUAAUUAGAGAGAAAGAUGGGUGAGGUUAGAGAGAGAGGCUCAUUGGAGCCUUGAAUUAUGAGUUUCUAUAGUGCCUUUGUGUAAAAUUCUCUUGACCAUUUUUAUGGAAUUGAGAUGAAGAAAAUGAAACCUUUCUGGUUUUGCAAAUU